AUGUACAGAUUUACAAACCAAAUAACAAAUCCAAGCUUAGUUUUGGUCCGAAAACAAAUUGGCGAUGGGUCAUGUUCAGCCCUCAUAGUGAUGCGAGCACCUCAACAGAGGCACGCUUCAGACAAACAUUCAGCCCCUGUGCGACCAAAAUCUCGGAAACUACUAUGGGGGACACUCGGAGCAACACUACUAACUGGCACAGCUGUUGUAUAUGCGAAACACAGCCCAGAAGCCAGGAAUUGGUUAGAGUCAAAUGCCCCCUGGGCUAAUAACUUUGUAGCCCUUGUAUAUCAAGAAAACACAUCUUAUUGGAAAUUUUCACUUAACCAGUUCAACAAAGUCACUACCAGUAUUGGCAACUUCAUGUUUGGAAAGGAAGGUGUAUCACCAAUGGAAUUUCAACAACGCUCUGAACAAGACAUCGAAAAGGAUGCAGCGAGAGAUUUUGCUAAGACGACAUAUGAACUACCACCAACGAAGUUUGAACCAUUGUAUGUUGAAGUGAAACCAUUAGAAACACCUGAAAUCGAAACACCAGCGACUCUUGUCCAAACGGAAGCGUGUGAGCCACACGAAGCUCCUCCCAUAAAAAUUACUAAAGAUAUGGUGGAGCUCGAGCAUGAUAUGCACGAGAAUACAAAAGCUGCAAUAGACAAUUACAAGAAGGCAACGAAGUUCUGCUCGGAAUACAAUAAGGCUUUAUACAGGAUAGUAGAAUCACCAUUGGAUGAUUUAGACAAGAAACAUUUUACGAGCUUGCAGGGCGCUUUGAAUGAGCGCAACACCACAGUUGCUAAAGCUAAGGAGACAUCUGCAAAGGCCAAAUGUGCUAUUGAGACACUUGACCGCAUGAUCAAGGCAGGAGUGCAGGCUCCCCCUGAGUCGAUAGCAGCCACACAGCGCUACAUUAAACAGUUCCGUGCGGAUCUCACCGAAGCUGAGAAUGAGUACAAGGAAUGCAAGGAAAAGGCGGUGCUAAGUGACAAAUAUUGGAAUAAGGUAGAGGCAGCCCGUAAAGCCUACAAGGACGAGCUCCAAAUGCUGUUUCCGGGAGUCGAUCUUGCUGCCCGAAAACUCGAAGUUAAAGGCGACACAGACCUACUACUUCUCUACACGUUGAAACAGGUUCAAUACCUACAGAACGAAAUAGCAGAGUUACAGACUACUAGAGACUUGAAGAUUAAGCGUGCGAUUGAAUGUCACGAUGAAAAAGCCAUUAUUGAGGCGAAGGUAGAAGACAUGAUCAAACGCGAACAACUUGAGAAAGAGAAAGAGUUCCAAAAGAAGAGUCUUGCUGUGCAAGCGGAGGCAAACAGGAAACUAAAGGAACAGCUCAAGAAACAGUUUGAAAUACAACAAGAAGUCUUGCAAGAUCAACUGGCAAGGAAAGAGAAGGAGGUGAUGGGUAAAUUCAGUCGUUCUGUAUCGGAGCAAGUCGAGAAGGAGCGGGUCGUAUUCAAACGCGAACUAGCAACAAUGGCUGGCAAAUUGAUGGCUAUCGAACAAACUUUGAAGCAAAGAGCUAAAGCGGAAACGGAAGCUCGUCGGUCUCAGUCGCUAUGGGCGGCGGCGGAAGCGCUACACGCGGCAACGCGGCGUGCCACGCCCCACGCUGUUUUGACGCAUGAGAUAACUGCGCUGGAGAAGGCGGGUAAAGACGACAAACUGGUACAAACCGUCCUAAAAGGAAUUCCUCAGGAGGUGAGAGAAAAAGGAAUUGUCACCGAAAAGGCGCUGAGGGAUAGAUUUGAUACGUUGGAGAAGUCGGCUGUAAAGGUGGCUCUGGUUGGCCGUGAAGGUGCUGGGUUGCCAGUUUACUUCCUUUCCUGGUUGCAAUCAAAGUUGCUCUUCCAGAAGUUUGCUGAAAUACCCAAGGAUGAGCUAGACAAUCUCCCUACAGAUUUCAGUAAAUUGGACACUUUCGACAUUAUUCAAAGGGCGAGGUAUCACAUGGACCAUGGUGAUCUACCGUCGGCUUUACGAUACGUAAAUCUCUUGCAAGGAGCACCCCGAGCUGUAGCCAAGCCUUGGCUCGAUUCCGCCCGCCGCCAUCUUGAAAUUAAACAAGCAGCCGAAGCCGUAAUGGCGCACGCUUCCGUAUCCGGUCUAUUGUACUUGUAG